UAAAAGUUGUUUUAAUAUCAGUAUAUCAAAAAAAAUUAAUCAUGGAUGAAGAAAAAUUAAAAAAACGAAAACAACGUGCUCAGAAAGAUGGAAAUUUUAAGCAACAAGCUAAUAUUGUUAAAGAACUUGGAGACAUGUAUUAUCAAGCGGAACGUAUGGAAGAGGCUCUUACAGAGUAUACUGAACAAUUAGAAUUAUGUGAAAAACUUGAAGAUAAAUUGAAUAUUGCUUUGGCACAUAGAAUGAUAGGUGAAAUUCAUACAUAUUUUGGAAAUUAUGAAGAGGCUUUAUCACAUCAAACAAUUUAUUUAGAAAGUGCAAAAGAAAUGGAUAGUUUAGUUGAGCAACAAAGAGCGUAUGCAACUUUAGGCAGAACGUAUUUUUGUUUAGGUGAAGCAAGUGAAGAAUCAUCAAAUAAACGAGACGAAGCUUUAAAUGAUGCAAAAAGAGCAUACACCAAAAGCCUUAAACUUUGUGAUAAACUUGAAAAUACUAAUAUAAAUCGAGUGGAAAUUAUGAUGAUGAGAGCUAGAUUAUUAUUGAAUUUAGGUUUGGUUUUAGAAGUUCAAAAAGAACCAAAGCGAGCAGUUGAAUUGAUUGAAGAAGCAACAGAGCUCUGUCAGAAACACAAAUUAAAUGAUGAUCUUUAUCGAAUUCAUACGGCAUUAGGAGCAUUAUAUGAACGACAAGAAGAUUUUGAUAAUGCUCUUAAAUAUUACAAUUUAUCUGGCCAAAUAACAAAUGAUUCAAUCAAUUUUGCAACAGCACGAGUUAAUGAAGCAGAACUGCUAACAAAAUUAGGCCGAUGGUCAGAGGCACGUAAAAUUCUUGUUCCAUUAUAUGUAAAUCAUAAUGUUCCUUCUCUUCGUGAAAAUAUAACCAGGUUAUUAAAAAUUGUAGCUUCAAUAGACAAAUAUGAACUUGAGUUAUGCACUGAAAAUGACAAUAAGAAAAUAAUAAUGUUGUAUGAAAGUUUAGGUGAUACAGCAGUUGCGGGUUUAUGUUAUGAAAAAGCAGUCGAAUAUUAUAAAAAAAUGUUAGAUUAUGCUGAGAAAGAACCAUUGGUUUACCGAAAGAAAAUUAGUGCUGCUCUUGUAAGUUUAGCUCAAACACUUAUGGAUGAUAAAUGUUUUGAAGAAGCAUUAGUUUACGCUCGAAGAGAGCUUGAACUUAGCAGUAAUGAUGACCGUGAAAAUUGUCGUUCUGCUUUGUUUCUUGCUAAUCUUCUAACAAAUAUCAAAGAAUCAUCUGACGAAGAAAUCCGCAAUGUUUAUCAACUAGCAUUAUCUAGUGCGUCAAACACUCAAGAUAUUUCAUUACAAAUAACUGUGCUGAAAGAAAUGUAUGAAUAUUUAUGCGACAUACACGAUAUGGAUGAAGCAGAAGAAGUAAAUAAAAAAUUAACUGCUUUGAAAAUGAAACGGAUCGGUGAUAGCGAGUCCUCGAACAAUAGUGAAGCUGAUGAGAGCAUUGAUACAAUAGUGGAUAUUGAUCUAGAUCAAUUGUCUGAUGUAGAGUGUGAAUUACAAAAGAAAGGAGAGAAAUCUAAAAGUACACGCCGUCCGUUAAAACGUGGAUAUGUUAUUAAGCGUAAUGAAAAAGGUGAAACAAAACUACAUGUUGCAUCUAUCAAUAAUAAUAUUGAAGAAGUCAAAUCAUUACUGGCUGCAGGACAUCCAGUUGAUGUAAGAGAUUAUUGUGGUUGGACUCCACUUCAUGAGGCGUCCAAUUACGGCUACGUUGAAAUUACAGAAUUAUUAAUAGAACAUGGUGCUAAUAUCAAUGAUCCUGGAGGUUCUCAGUGUGGUAAUAUUACACCACUACAUGAUGCAGCAUCAUGUGGAAAUUUCGCAAUAAUUAACUUAUUAAUUUCUCGUGGUGCUGAUAUAACGUUAAAAACUAAAGCAGGUGAAACAAUUUUAGAUUGUCUAGAAAAAUGGAAAUUACGACUUGAAGAAGAUCGGAAGAAAAAUCAAAUUAAAUGGACAGAUGAAGAUGAGAAAGAGUAUAAAUUAAUUCGAGAUAAGCUACGUCGCGUUUUACCCGCAAAUUCAGAUAAAUUAUUAGAGCCUAUUGAACCAUUAAUUGAUGAAGAUAUUUGUAGUCAAAAGAUUGAUAAUAAUUAUGAAGAAAAAUCUCCAGAGAGAAUAUCAGCAGGAGAGGAUUAUAAACGAACUAUAGAAAGUCUAAAAAAUCGAAGUUAUUUAAAUCCAAUUGUAAAUUCUUCUAAAUUACAAAAAAAUAAUUCUAGUCACAUUUCUAAAACUCCUCUAAUUGAUAGUGAACAACAAUUAGUUGAUGAUUGGCUAGAAGAUGAUAUAUUUAUGCCAUCAUCAACUACUACAACUGGUACUUUAAAAAGAACUCGUAGUGAUGAUAAUGACACUCCGCUUCCUAAAAGAAAGUCAUUUGGUUCUUCAACUGUUUCAACUUUUAGCGAUAAAAAAUAUUUUAGAAAGCAUCAUAGUGAUGACAGUAAAUCAUUAAAUAAUAAAUCGUCAAAUCAUAAAUCAUCAAGUACAAAUCAAACAAAAAAAUCUCUUGUAAGAAGAAAGAAACAAAAAUCAUUGUUCACAGCAGGAUUUAUAAAAACUCCAUCGACUAAACCAUCAAACACACCGGAACCAUUACCCAUAACUAUAAAUUCAGUUGAAAAUGACUUUACUACAAGAUCUCGUAUUAACACGGAUUCAAUACAUUUUCGAGUUAUUAUUGAUGAUCUAACAAUGAAUAUAAAGAUAAAAAAUUCGGAUGAACAUGAUUAUUUAUUUAAAUGUUUAACAUAUGAAAGUAAUAAACAAUUUCAUCAAAAUACUGGUUGCACUGCAAAAAUGAUUUUUUUUACCGCUGACGGUGAAGAAUUACAGGCAGACAAUUUAUUAAACUUAGUAUUUACCAGUCAAGGAAGUGUGAUACAACUUCAUGGACAACUUAUCGAUCUAGUUAUUCCAAAAAUAACUGAACGAUAUAAAACCAUUUGCACAUUCUUAAAUGUUGAUAUUGAUAAUGAUGAUAGUAAACAACUGAAACCAUUCAGAGUUUGUGAAAAUUCCGAAGUUCUUCGACUUAGAGAUGAGAAUGAAAAUAUAAAUGCGACAGCUUUGUUUAAAUCUUUAAAGUAUGAAAAAAAUCUAAAAGUUCUUGAUUUAUCAUCAUAUUGUCUUUAUAAUACUGGUGAAUUUCUUAAUAGUACAUUAUUUCAUUUAUCUCAACUAGAAGAAUUACAUUUAUCAGGAUGUGACAUUGAUAGUAAAUGCAUAUCAAAAAUAGAAAAAUUACCUCCGUUGCUCAGAAUAUUAGAUUUAAGCUAUAAUCCAAUUGGAUUUAAAAAUGAAUCUAAACUUAACGAGUUGCUAACUAAUCUUCGGUUUUUACAAAUUUUAAAUUUACGAAGUUGUCAAUUAAAAAAAUUACCAUUUCAUGCAAAAACCAUUAGUUCUAAUCUCAUUAAUCUAGAUAUAUCAUGGAAUGUGAUGAAUGACACUGACAUAGAUGUUCUAUUACAACGACAACUAAUAACUUUAAAUUUAUCGCAAACUCAUUCAAGAUUAUUAUUCACUAAUGACAUAAGACUUAUAGCAUUAGAGACUUUGGAAACCCUCGACUUAGGGGGAUGCAACAUCAAUGAUUCAGAUGUUUCAUAUUUACUAGAUAAAUGUAAGAAUUUGUCUAAAUUAAUAUUAAAUAAUAAUCCGGAAAUAUCACAUUCGUCUUUAGAAAAUUUAUUAGAGUAUAAACCAACAUUAUCUCUAAUAGAUAUAACGGGAUGUAAAAAAAUUUAUGAGGAACCGAGAUUUGAUUUAAGUAUUGAUAAUCCAUCGAUAUGUACAAUGAUGGCAUGUAUAAGUUCAGAAGUAAUUGAAUGGUGGGAAUUAUUGUGGAGAGGGCACAGUAAGCAAUAUCGAAUGCCAUCCGAUAUCGUUGUAUUUAAACCUUUUGUAUAAUAAAAAAAAAUAUUUAUUUUUAUACUAAA